AGUUUUAAAUAUAAAAAAUCUUGCUAGAUAUAUUGUCUUCUCAGAGGAUCCAGUUGAAACUAUAAAUUCAACGACAGAAGAAACCCCAAGCGCAUCAGCCAUGGAAAUUGAGCCUGAAAUUCAAGCAAGCACAAGCCGAAGACUCGUUACUCCCUGGGAAAUAUCUCCACCACCAAAGCUACGAGAUCCACCACCUAAUCGGAAAGGCCGGAAAACAAAGGCAACUGUUUUAACAACUUCGCCUUAUAAGUGUAAUUUGUUACAGAGCAUUGAAAGCAUUAACAUUAAUCCAUCCCCAAAACCCUCUAAUAAAAAAAAUAUUUCUACCAAAUCGUUUGUUGACUCGCAUUCAAGUGACAGUGAAGAGGAGUUUCCAGAUGUUCCACCAACAAAAGAAUCGUCUUGCAACUACUGUGGCAAAAUUUAUGGGCAGGAUAUAAUAAUGAAGCCUUGGACCUCUUGUCUGCAAUGCGAACAAAUUUGGGCCCACGAAAAGUGUAUUCCCAAUCGAAGUGCUAUUUUUCUUUGCGAUUCUUGUAAGUAAUAUUGUAAGUAAUACUCUUACAAGUGCUAUGAAUUUUAUUGUUGCGUUUUUUGUCAAUUGAAGCUUAAAAUAUUUUUGUUCAAUAUGUUUUAAUUCAGUUCAUAUUCCUUUUUUAAAUGGUUCGCAAUAAAAUUUUAGUUAUCAAUCAAAAGUA